UUAAAAAUUAUUACUAGCGAGGGGCUGGAACCUCGGGGUGUGGGUAUAUAAGACGGCGCUUCCAGCGCAGAGCCGCUGCUGCUGUUGCGGUGAGAGCCGCGAGCAGGGCGCACGGGCUCAGCCCCGCGUUCGCCAGAGGCCGGGGAGAAGCGCAGAGGGGGCUGUGAGGUCUAAUCUGGGCAGCCGCUUCGCCUCUGGGACAGACACGGGACUCCCUAACUUCUGUCCCCUCUCUCUGGACGCGCACCCGCAGGGUCGUGCGCUGUAGCCCAGCUCACUCGCGCGCGGCACCCGCGCGCCAGGCGCCAAGUCCCGCCGAAGGCGAUGCGUGCAGGGGGCCGGGAGGCUGGGCUUGGGCGGCGGGAGUAGGGCCCGCAGGAAGGCAGGGAGGGGCAGGGGUGAGAGCCCGGGCUGCGCGGUGGGCAGAGACCGCCUUUGCUCCACGCACACACCUGCUGCCGCCGCCGCCGCGCCGCAAUGAGCCGCGUGGUCUCGCUGCUGCUGGGCGCCGCGCUGCUCUGCGGCCACGGAGCCUUCAGCCGCCGGGUGGUCAGCGGCCAAAAGGUUUGUUUUGCUGACUUCAAGCACCCCUGCUACAAAAUGGCCUACUUCCAGGAGCUGUCCAGCCGAGUGAGCUUUCAGGAGGCACGCCUGGCUUGUGAGAGUGAGGGAGGAGCCCUUCUCAGCCUUGAGAAUGAAGCAGAACAGAAGUUAAUAGAAAGCAUGUUGCAAAACCUGACAAAACCAGGAACAGGGAUUUCUGAUGGUGAUUUCUGGAUAGGGCUUUGGAGAAAUGGAGAGGGGCCUGCCUCUGGGGCCUGCCCAGAUCUCUACCAGUGGUCUGAUGGAAGCAGUUCCCCGUACCGAAACUGGUAUACUGAUGAACCUUCCUGUGGAAGUGAGAAAUGCGUUGUGAUGUAUCAUCAACCAACGGCCAAUCCUGGCCUUGGGGGCCCCUACCUUUACCAGUGGAAUGAUGACAGGUGCAACAUGAAACACAAUUACAUCUGCAAGUACGAGCCAGGCAUAAUCCCCAAUCUAAUUUAUGUUGUUAUACCAACAAUCCCACUGCUCUUAUUGAUACUGGUUGCUUUUGGAACCUGCUGUUUCCAGAUGCUGCAUAAAAGUAAAGGAAGAACAAAAACUAGCCCAAACCAGUCCACACUGUGGAUUUCAAAAAGCACGAGAAAAGAAAGUGGCAUGGAAGUAUAAUAAUUCAUUGACUUGGCUCCAGAAAAGAAAACAGUUUUAUAAUUCUGGAUCUGUAUAAGGAAUGACAUCAGAACAUUAGCUUGGAAUGGCUUGAAAUCUCAAAGGAUCUGCAAGAUGAACUGUAAGCUCCCCCUUGAGGCAAAUAGUUAAAUGAUUUUUCUAUGUUUAUUUAAUUUACAAAAUACGCUGUGCUAAUAAUGGAGUGAGACAUGCUUAUUUUGCUAACUGAUGCACCCAAACUUCAAGUAAAUGGAAUGGACCAUGCAGAUAAAAUUGCUAUCAACACAUCAGAAGUAUGUGGGUUGGAAGGAGUUACUUUUGUUUUUUUUUAACUUUUCAUAGGUUGUAAUCUAGUUAAUGUAAUGUAAAUUGUAUUGAAAUUUACUGUGUGCAAAAAUAUUUUACCUUUACAUAAGUGUUUGAUAAAAAUGGACUGUUCUAAUA